CUGCUCAUUAAUUUGCGGUAGAGCGCCUCGUCGGAUGCUGCUGCGCCUCCUCUCCCCAUCCCUGCCUCCACUGCGCAGCCGCAGUUUUUCCAGGACGCGGAGAGCGGAGCAGAGGGACAGAAAAAUGGCUCUCGACAAUUUGAUUUUCGCCCAGUGCAUCCUUUAUUUCCUAGCCUUUGUGUUCGGCUUCAUCGCCGUGGUGCCUCUGUCAGAAAACGCGGAGGAUUUCGGGGGGAGAUGCCUGCUGUUCACGCGGGGCAUGUGGCAAAACGAGAACAUCACUGUGUCAAAGCAGCGCUUCAUCGUGGAGGAGUGGGGACCGGAGUCCGCCUGCAGCUUCAUCACUUUUGUCGGGAUAGCGUCCCUCAUCCUGUCCGCAGUGCAGGCGUGGAGGCUGCUGUUCUUCCUGUGCAAGGGACACGACGACUCCCUCUUUAAUGCCUUCCUCAACCUGCUCAUCAGCUCGCUGGUAGUGUUCAUAGUCUUCCUGUCCAGCACUAUCAUCAGUGUGGGUUUCAACCUGUGGUGCGACGCCAUCACAGAGGGUGGGACCAUGCCCAGCAGCUGCGAGGACAUGCAGGGCACUGAUCUAGAACUCGGACUGGACAACUCUGCUUUCUACGACCAGUUCGCUAUAGCUCAGUUUGGCCUGUGGGCUGCCUGGCUCACCUGGCUUGGCAUCGCGGUGAUGGCCUUCCUGAAGGUGUACCACAACUACAGACAAGAGGACCUGCUGGACACGCUGAUCCACGAGAAGGAGCUGCUGCUGGGCCGCUCGUCACGCCGCAGCUCUGACCUCAAGACCGGCCUGAUCUAGAAACCGGGGGACGCACAAACACUCACAUUCACUCACUCCGAACCGUACAGUCCUCUCGCCUGCCAUGAGACACGCCAGUGUUUGCCUGUGUAGACAAUCAGAAUCAAUUGGCUCUUGCUCCCAUGGAACACGGCUUUAAUCAAACGCGCGGUUGUUGCUUCGUUCUUAUAAUGCAUCCACAGUGGGCGUUUCUCUACAAGGCGCGCAGCCCCAGCUAAGCUUUGAUAUUAUUACAACACAUUUAAUGAAAAUGUGCACCCAAAUAUUUUCGACUCUUAAAAUCCUAUUUAGCCAGACAGUAUUAAUGUUUUGGACUCCUUGACCAAUUGAUGAUGUUGUUUUUGUGAAACUUCUGCAUGGACCUAAUGCAUGAUAAAUUAAUAGGGUGUUUUUUUUUCUUUUUUAGAUGUAAAGGGCACUUGUUUUGUUUAAUACACCAAUAAAUGUAUUCCCAAUA